AUGUCAGAAAAAGAGCUACCUUCACGGCCUGCCGCAGAGUCUCGAGUCCACGAAGGUAAACUAGCUAUCGUGACUGGAUCAGCCAGAAGUAUUGGUGCUGCAAUAGUUAAAAAGCUAGCCAGCAAGGGCUGUAAUAUAAUCAUUAACUAUGCCACUGCUUCCUCUGACAAGGUGGCGGCUACUCUCAAAACUGAACUCGAGUCAGCCCAUUCCAUUAAAGCGAUCACCGUUCGCGCAGACAUAAGUACUACUGCUGGCUGCGAAAACAUCAUCGCUACCGCAAAAGAAAACUUCACGAAUCCCAAAACCAGUGCUCUACAAAUCGAUAUUUUGGUACACAAUGCCGCGGUGUUAUAUGUCGGGCCACUUGAAAGUGUUAUCGAGGAGGAAUUUCACCAUAUCUACGCUGUGAAUGUGCUAGGUCCAACACUAUUGACAGCAGCCUGCAAGCCCUUUCUACCCACCGAUCGAUCCGGUCGCAUCGUGAUGAUGUCUAGUAUCAAUCCCAAAAUCGGAACACCAAAUACGACAUUAUACUCGGGUACGAAAGCGGCGAUGGAGGCAAUGACUCGUGUGUGGGCAAGAGAAUUGGCCGAGAAUGCCACAGUUAAUGCUAUAAAUCCCGGACCUGUCAUGACUGACAUGUAUUUGUCUGCUUCCGAGGAAAUUAAACAAGGAUUGGCGUUGUGGAAUCCAUUGACGCCGUUGGCCCCAGUUAGAGAGACUGAUAGCCCGGAAGUAAGAGAGUUGGGCGAUCGGUUGGGUGGGAGAGCGGCUUAUGACCACGAGGUUUCGGGGAUGAUUGCCAUCAUUUGCGAUCCAGAUUCAUCGUGGAUGACGGGAAGUCUGUUAAGUGCCAAUGGUGGGCUCUCUUUUAGGCCUACCUGUGAUAAGAUAAACGGCACAGGCUACCAUAUCGCAUUAUGGCAAUGUAACUCAAUAAAAUACAGUCGAAUAUACACUCUACAUCUGAAUGUCGUGAGUUCCGAAGCAACGACCGGCACUGUAGCUCACCUAGAGCACUACCCUAGCAGAGAUAUUGGCAAGACGCAUCUAAAGCAACGGUAUACUACAAACAUGACGCGAACGAAGUUGAUCAACAUGGACUCGGGGACACUUGAACCAUAUGCAAUUAGUUCCAUGCCACCCUAUUUCGCAGCCUCUCAUGCAUGGUCCGACAAUAUGUUUGCGAUACACACCGAGUACAAAAACACACUUGGCGGAUUGAUGAUCGAAACUUCCGUCCGCAAGCUCUUUCCCAAGAUCAACUAUUGCUGGAUCGACACAAUCUGUAUUGAUCAGAACGACGAAGAAGACAAGAAAAGUCAAAUCCCUCUGAUGGGUGACAUAUACGGGAAUGCGCUAGCGGUAUUAAUUAUCACAACCUGUGAUUUUCCAAGUUGGAUGACACAGGAUUACUUGGAUCAACUCAGCAAGGCUUUGGAUGAAGCUAUCGCAAUCUCUAUGGAAGAAGAAUAUACGGAGACUAUGUCGGAGUACUGGGCGUACGGUGAUGGACGACAAAAGAUUAUUGAAGGGAUGGAUUGUCUUGAAUUAUUUACCAGGACCCGUUGGGCUGACCGAAUUUGGACACUCCAAGAGUACAUUCUUGCUCGACAGAUUGUGUGGCUUGGCAAGGAAAGUGCAUGUCUUCGAAUAGAUGACGUAUUGUUUAGGGCAUUGCCUGACUUAUGUGAUGUGUUCGAUAUUGGAGAAGCGGUAGGUGGAAAGUAUUCUAAAGUAUAUGAAUUUUAUACGGGUAUGGUUAAUGCUGGAGACGGAAAGAUCGACCGGACUCGUGUGAUGGAACUUUUGGGAAAUCGCACCGCUUCCUUUCCCGACGAUGAGAUUUAUGGUGCAAUGGCAGCUUCGGGGGUAGUUAUACAACCAGGAGUCGUGACUGGUCAGGAUAAUGUCUGGGCUCUUUGGUGGGAGGAAGCCAUACGUCAAGGGCAUCAUCGCUGGAUGUUUCUUCCUCCAGUCGUCUCUAAAUUGAUCGGAACAAAUUGUAUAAUGCCGCCGUUUAAGACACGUCAUAAAUCCUCACAGUAUUCAGGACUGGAUACAGUACAUCUCGAAAAAGGCCAGGUCACCAUUUCCGAUGGAACUAUCAAUAUAUUUGGGCACUGGGCUGGUUCUUGUCAUAUGAUCCGGCGCUUAGGCAAGGUUUUCCGAGAUGAGAAUGGGGGUCUUCUUCGAGAUUUGACAGUCAUUCUUUUCGCCAGCGGUAGUUGGCAGUUAGCCUUACGACUUGUUGCAGCUUUCGGUGGAGGUAGGUACUCUUGGAAGCAGUGUUUAGCAAUUGGACAAGUUCUGAAAGCAAAUUUCAGUCGCGCUAAAAGAGCCGUUGAAUCCCAUAAGGAGCAUAAGAUGAGAUGUCGAAGGCAAACCAAUUAUCAGAGGACCGUCUGGGCUGACUUUAUGCGACUUAUGAUGAGUCAGAUGACUCCAUUGAAUGAUAGCGUAGCUUAUCUUGCUCAUCUUACGAACACGUUGAAGUCAACAGAUAUCAUUAUAGUGAGUAGUGACAAUCAACCGCUUCAUGAUCUUCAUGCUCUUCAUUUUGGUAUACAAGAUGUUAGCGAAAGGAGUCCUUUUAUGAUUGUUUCUGCGCCAGACUCUUAUGUAUCAGUUCAAGACGGCCAUCACAAUAAAGCUCUUCACAAAAUUGGCAUGUCUCUCCCUACCAUUGUUUGUUCGACGUUGCGUAAAGCAGGUGCUUACAAAUGUCACGUAAUCGACUCCGAGUUGCAUAACUUCAACAUCGGAGGAAAAUCAUGCUGGUUUUGUUCAAACACUGGGGACAUGGCGGUGUCUCAAUGA